AUGGAGAAGAAAAUUCAAUAUUCGCUCAAUCUAUUGUCGAUGCUAUUUUUAGCCUUCACAGUUGUAUCAGCACAACUUGAAGCAGUUUAUGAAAAUGGCCAGCAAAAUAAAUUAUUCAACAUAGGAAAGCCAUUGUCAUUGGCAUGUAAAGCACCUGAUUCCUCCAAAAUUACUUGGAAAAGAGAUGGAAAAAAUGUCAAUGAAAUUGAUGCAUUAAAAAAUCGUUAUCAAAUUUUUGAAAAGGAAGGACGAUUUCUUAUUGAAAGAGCUCAUCUUGAUGACGAUGGAAAUUACACAUGCCACUUGGAUGGUGAUUCCAAGUCAUUCUACGUUUCUGCUAAAAUUUUGGUCAAGAUUCCCGAAAACACUUACGUCGUCGAAGGUGAUAAGCUGGAAAUAAAUUGCAUUGUUAAAGGAACUAAUGCUGUCAUCUCAUGGCACUACAGCAACGGAACCGACAGCAUAUCCGAAAUCACAGCAGACGAAAGAGUCAAGAUUGAAGAAAAAAAGGACGAGGAUGGCGAGCAUGUUGAAGCAUCAAAAUUAAUAAUUGAUCAUGUGCUUCUCAGCGACAAAGGAACUUACUAUUGCAAUGGAUCUAAUCCUGUUAUGGAUCAACUGAGUGUUGAUGCUGCAUCUUCUGAUGGACUUGUUCGUAUUAAGGGAAAAUUGGCAGCAUUGUGGCCAUUCCUUGGAAUUUGCGCGGAAGUUUUCAUCCUUUGUGCUAUUAUUCUUAUUUAUGAAAAGAGACGUAACAAAACUGAUCUCGACGAAAGCGAUACCGACCAAAGCCCCGAUCAGAAAAAUGACUACAACAAGGACUCGGACGUUCGUCAACGCAAAUAA